AUGGGUGAACAGUCAUCCAAGACAGGCUGGUGGGCUUGGUCGACCAAGAAGAAGGUUCUUAUCUUUGGAACCGUCGCUCUCGUCAUCGUCGCUCUGGGUGUCGGUCUAGGUGCCGGUCUGGGAAUUGGUCUCAAAAACGACGGAGACAAUGACGAUAACGACAAUGAGGGCACCGGUCCCGACACAACAACGCCAACAAAUACCACAACACCGACAAACACUACCGCGAAAUGGCAGCCAGCCGCUGGCACCAAGUGGCAGAUUAUCUUGAAGUCCGAGCUGGAGAACAAUCAGAUCUCCACCUCGGUGGACGCAUCAAUCUACGACAUCGAUCUUUUCGACAACAACAAAACCGUCAUCUCGGAUCUCCAGAAAAUGGGCCGCAAAGUGAUCUGCUAUUUCUCUGCCGGCUCGUUUGAGGACUGGCGCGAUGACGCUAGCCAGUUCGACGACGAAGAUAAGGGCAAUGAUCUCGACGGAUGGCCCGGCGAGAAAUGGCUGAACGUCAAGUCCCCCAAAGUGCGCAAGAUUAUGCAGGCGCGUCUCGAUAUCGCCGUGACCAAGGGAUGCGACGGUGUCGAUCCUGACAACAUCGACGGAUACGAAAACAAACCCGGAGUUGAUAUCACUAGGGCUGAUGCUAUAAGCUACGUGAACUGGCUUGCUUCCCAGUCUCACAGCCGCGGCCUCUCGGUUGGAUUGAAGAAUGGCGGAGACAUUAUUGAAUCUGUCAUUGAUAACAUGCAGUGGUGUGUCAAUGAGCAGUGUGCUGAGUACGAUGAGUGUGAUACCUAUGCGCCCUUCAUUGAGGCGGGCAAGCCUGUCUUCCACAUCGAGUACCCCAAGGGCGAAGACACCAACAAUAACAAGGCUGUCACGACCAAGCAGGCGAGCUCUGCAUGUACCGCCAACGGCGCUGGCAACUUUUCAACUGUUAUCAAAAACAUGGACUUGGAUACUUGGGUUGAAUACUGCCCAUGA